ACGGUUUUUACAAAAUCCACAUUUGAUCAUGUGUGUCACUUUGAUUGACCCUGAUACACUAGUCGAGAUUGCCAAUGCAGCACAGAAUACACUUUCUGGACAGACAUCAUCAUCCAUGUAUAAGCUCAAGGACAUAAACAAUCAAGAUGGUGGAUUUUUUAUAUUUGGAGAUUUAUCUGUCAAAGUAGAGGGUCAAUUUCGACUAAAGUUCUCCAUGUUCAAAGUAGAUGAAAUAGGAGCAACAAAUCUUAAAUCAAUUUACUCUGAUAUAUUUCAAGUUUACCCUUCAAAAAACUUUCCAGGAAUGCUCGAGCCCACCUUUCUUUCUCGUUCAUUCUCAGAUCAGGGUGCAAGAAUUCGAAUCAGAAAGGAACACAGAGUGCAAAUGACAAGUACGCGUAAAAGAAAGCUCUCUUUUGACGAAGAAUCAACCGAAGAAAGUGAUCAUACCAAAUGGGUUAACUUGAUGAAUCAAGCCCGUGGCCAAGUCUCUUAUUUACCAAACUCACCUUAUCCCACACCAGCCUCUCGUAUACCAAAUCAUACAUUUACCGUGACGUACAACACUCAGUGGCAUAUUCGAAAGGGUAACAAUGAACAUCAAAAGCACGACAUGAAAGAGACACGAUCAACCGGGAGAGAGAAUAUGGUUAAUGCAUAUCCACCACAAUUUGGCCGAAGAACGAGCGUUCCUUUUUCACCUCCUCAUCAAUUUCAUGACCCACAUUUAUUCAGAACUUUCAAUACAAAUAUAGAAUAUUGCCACGAUCGCAGACCUCCUAAAAAUAAUCUCAUGCCUUCACCUCCGCUGCAGACUGUUGUACAUCCAAGGCAUGAACAAUACAGGCGAUCAAGCUAUGAUGAAAGAAGCAUGCCACUUCGGGAACAAGCAAAUGACAUGGAACGUUAUCAGCCCUUUUUGCCUAAUCACAGGCGUAUGUCCUUACAGACCUAUCCUCAUUCUUCCAUGACAAGUUCUUUUGGUGGAGGACCAAUUCAUUUACCCCCUCUACGCUCAGUGGUGCCUAUUGUUACUUUUCGUUCACCGUCUUCUAUUUUGGAGCAAGAUGAAAUAGGAGAAGUGGAUGCAGCAGUCGCAAUGAUGCAGCUGGCUUCAUUGAAAAAACAAAAGACAGUAGCAAGUGAAAUAACCAGCUUCAUUUGAAAAAACUAGGGGAAUAUUCUAGGUCUGGCACUCUAUAAAAGUCCUACAUGUUUUUUUUUCUUUCUUGGCUUGAAUCUAUUGAACAGUAG